UAUAUUUAGAUCAAAACACGUGUGGAUGGUCGAGCACCUGUAAAUAUGGCUAAAUCUGAGGCUUUAAUCGCUCAAAAGACAGAGACUGUCAAGAAAUCUUUACAUAAUAUUCCCAGGGGACAACCUAAGUCUGGUAGAGCAUGGAAAACACCACGACCAGCCAGACAUUCAGAGAUAAAAAAGGUGAAGUCCUUGAAAUCAUCAUGGAGUAAAAAAAUGGCAGAUAAGGCGGAGAAAAAAUCCAUCAAAGAGUUCCAGAACAGACUGAAGGAGGCCAGAAAUGAGGAACUUGAGAGGAAACGUAAACGGGCUGAGGCGAACCAGAAGAGACGGGAGAUGAAUGCUCUGAAAUCUGAAGUAGUGCAAACUAUUAAAAGCACAGCAAAAAUAAAGAGAAUGAAGAAAAAACAACUCCGAACAUUGGCCAAGAGAUGAAAUAUGUUUAUAAAAUGAUGAGUUUGCUACCAUGGUAACAGACUUGUAGGAAAUACCUGACUUCCUCAAUCUGAAGUUUUCUAUAUCCAAUAUGGGAUGCCAUUAUUUUUUUAAGUUGCCAUGUAUUUAAUUAGUGCAUAGUUAUGAAAGUAGACAUUUCACAGCAUUCAAAAUAUUUUUGCAGAAUUUUUGGAGGCACUCAUAUUUUCAAGAUAUUUAAGCAGGACCAGGUUUGUUCCUUAUAUCACCAGUUGCUUUCCCCCAAAAGAACUUUAGUUAGUAGUGAACAAAUAAAUAUAAUUUUACAAUAGGUAAUUAAUAUUUUGUAUACAUGUCCAAAUAUUUUUGAAGAAAGAGGUAUUCUUCCUGA